UAGAUUUAGAUCGAUCUCAUGACUGCUCGGAAGAAAAAGGAGGAAGCAACUCAAAUCAAUACACGUGUAUUUUUAAAACUGAAACAGAAAAAAAACGAAAUUGUUACAUUGACAAUCUGAUGCCUCAGACAAAUUAACCAAAUGUAUAACUAUCGGACUUCAUACGCAAACCUCGACUUUGUGAUCUGGAAGAUGGAAAGCUAGAGAGAAGAGUACAGCUAUUUUUUGGCAGUCCAAUUCGGGAGGGGAAGUACACAUUUUUUUAAAAAAUACAACAAUGAGGAAAUGUAUUGUAAUCUGUUGGUUGAUCUUUUGUGUUACCGGAUCUACGGACCUUAACGUUAUUAAUGGUAAUAAUAACAGCAGAACAACGUUGAUGAUAAAUCAUAGUGAGCGAAGGUAUCUCCACAUAGGAGACGGGACUUCAGUUGAAUUUGAAUUUCCACAGAAUACCAAGGGGGUUAUAGUGAUUUCCAGCCACUACGGGCACGGCACAGAUGGAGAGAAUUGGAAGCAGACGGUGAAUGUAAAAUCACUGGACACAGCUGUUUUGACAAUUUUAAACAUAAGUGACAGCGGGAAUUUAGGACUGGAAAAAAGUUACGUUGUCAGUAUUAGAUCUGGUCUGGCGGGGACGGCCCCCCUGUUAAUCCAGUUUUUGGAUUUGCGCAACGAUGCACAACCGGUGAUUUUAGAAGAGAGGAACGAUUAUGUUAUCCGAGUAUCGCCGAAUGAUGACGCUGUGUUGCGGAAUGCAGAUGGGCUGUCCCAUUUCUCUGAAAACCCUGUGCUUUUCGCCCUCUUGCCUUUGAUAUUCAUCAACAAAUGUGCUUUUGGAUGUAAAGUGGAAAUUGACGUUCUACGAGGUUUGUUGAAACAGCCGCACCCAGUAUUGUUGGGGAUAGUGGGCCAGUUCGUGGUCAUGCCUUUGUACGCUUAUGCCCUGGCCAGGAUUGCUUAUCUUCCUAAAGCCCUGUCUCUAGGGCUGAUCAUUACCUGUUCGGCGCCGGGAGGUGGGGGCGGUUACCUGUACAGCCUCCUCCUGGGUGGCGAUGUGACCCUUGCCAUAUCCAUGACCCUCAUCUCCACUGUAGUCGCCACUGGCAUGAUGCCACUCACCUCCACCAUCUACGGCCGCCUUCUCAAUGUACACGAGACCCUUCACGUGCCAUUUGUUAAAAUCCUUGUCACCCUGCUGUUCAUUGCUGUUCCUAUUUCUACCGGCAUGCUCAUAAAGUACAAGUUCCCCAGCGUCUCCCGGGUUCUGCUUACCCUCAUACGGCCAUUCAGCUUCAUCCUUAUCGUCGGAGGUAUUUUCAUGGCGUAUGAAAUGGGAGCUUCCAUACUUGCCAGUGUUAAACCGCAGAUAAUAGUGGUCGGGGUCACGGUGCCACUUUUUGGACUGUUUUUGGGCUACCUCAUGGCAGCUGCUUUGAGACUGACAGCGCCUCAUCGCAAGACAGUCAGCAUUGAGAUUGGGGUUCAGAACAGCCUCCUGGCCCUCGCCGUCAUGCAGCUGUCUUUCCGCCGGCUGGAGGCAGACUUUGCAUCGCAAGCGCCCUUUAUCGUGGCUCUCAGCAGCACCUCAGAAAUGCUGCUUAUAGUGAUCAUUAACGCCAUCUACAAAAAACUCAGACCGACCACCCAGACAGAAGUGUGAUUGUACUAUUUCUUUUUUAAUAUACACCAAAAAGUCUUGAGACCAAAAGCCUUUUUUUUUAAUUUUUCAUUUCACACUGUGCACUAUUGUAUGAGAGAAAGUUGAAAUAUUUUUUAUACCAAACAUUUUUUUAUU